CAUUCCAGCGCAAGAUGGCAAACCGCUGCGUCAGCCUCGACGCCACCUGGGCCCACCUCCCCGCUUCCUGGCUCUCCGCCAGCGACGACGCGCUCACCGCCGCGCUCUGGGCGUCCAUGGCGCCGGCCGGUGCCGCUUCCUCGUACAGCUCCGCCUCGCCGACGCCGUCGUCCUCCACCACCACCUCCUCCGCCUCGGCCGAGAUCCUCGCCGCCGCCGCCUCCUCGGGGCGGCCUACCGCAGGAGCGCGUGCGGCGGCGACGCGGGUGACCGGGCGCGUGUCGAAGCGGAAGCCGCGGCCGUCACGGCGCGCGCACACCACCUACAUCAGCGCCGACCCGGCCGACUUCCGCCGCAUGGUGCAGGAGAUCACCGGCUUCCCCGUCCCAGGCGCCGGCGCCGGCACCGGAACCGCCUACGCGUCCGCGUCCACGUCCUCGGCCCCAUCCCCAUCUCCCCCGCCUGCGGCGUUCGCGUGCGUGCUCCCGACGCUGGACACGUCCGCGUUCCUGCUCGACAGCGCCUCACCGCCCCCGCCGCAGCAGCCGGAGCGGAAGAGCACCACCACCACCGCCGCCACCACAAUGGCCUCUACCGCUUCGGUGGCGGCGGCGGCGGCGGCGUCGUCGUCGUCGCUGCUGCAGGAGCUGGAGGCGAUGAUGAUGAGCGCCUCCGCCUUCCCGACCUUGGAGAGCUGGGAGGCGAUCUGAUUGCGACCAUUUCUUUUUUUUUCCCUUAAAAUCUCAGGGUUUUUUUGGUCCGUCCGAUCCGCGGACAGGACGGCUGUGGGUUGCCCUUUCCUAGCCAGAGGAUGAUGAUGAUAUGAUGAUGUAGCGUAGCACUAGAAAUCAAAUCAAUUUCUCUCUUCUUAGUGUAAUUAAUUUUUUAUUUAAUGUUACUAGCGCGUUCUUGUUUGUUCAUGCCUCCGUUUAGUUAGUUAA